AUAGCAUCAAAAUUGCUUCAACCUCAGGGUAACAAAACUUCUCUUCAAGAACACACCAGCACGGAUGUCGACGAGUGGCCGUGAAGGACGAGAGUGCUUCCUGUCGCUGUCAAACGUUGGCGGUGCGGAGAAACGCGUUGGAAGAAAGAGCAAAAUCGUCGCUGCAAUACCGCCAAGGCGCCUCCAAAUUCCUCCCUCCUCCCCCUCUCCAACCCUUGCUCAAACUCACUCUCUCCUGGCCGUCGGGCUCAAAAGAUGUAGAAUUCGCCUUCUAACUUUACACGUCUUCCCCGUGGGUCUCAACAAUAUAGGACUCUAUGAUCUAUUCGCAGCAUCGCUAGUGUUUUACCCUGACGAACGUGGGCAUUGUCUUUCAGUGGCACCCCCUUGUUGUCGAAAGACUGUCAAGAACCUCAGCCACAUGGGAAGCUAAGUGCCACACCUCGUCCCCGAUUCUAUUGACUCUUGCUCCAUGGUUCUGCUCUGGUUUCCGUUCCGCAACGGACUUCCUUGUCACUCCUCUUCCACGGUUGCCCUUUUGUCC